AUGGAUGAAGUUCGGCAAACUUUACUUUCAGAAGAUCAGUUUGCAUUAAGUUCCGGCAUCAUUGGGAAGUAUCUAUCCGAUCCAUUAGUUAUUACACAGAUUUCAACAAAAAAUUCAUCCAUUAGCAAUUUGACAGAAUACCAAAUUACAUCUAUAUUACCAAGAAGCAACAGUUAUAAGGGUGUAUUAACAAAAUCCGGCUCUGUUGAAGUAAUGAAAUCUUCAAUUGAUUUAUCCAGGUUUUUGAUCCCAACACUUUCACUUAGUUUUAUUCAGAAGACUAAGCAUGAAGAAUCAGAAUCAGAAAAGCGUCUUACAAAAUCACGUCAAAAUGAUUUUGUCGGUCGAGGAAAAACAAGUUACCGAUUACGACCUCAGCAUUUAUUUCUCGAAGAAAGUAUUGUUGGAAAUACAGUGUUUAAUCGAACCCACUACUUGUUAAUGUUUGGUGCCCUUGGCUCAAUGACAGUCCCAUCAGAUGAUGAAGAUGGAACAGAAGAAUACGUGGCACAAGGCACUAGAUUUAAUCCUUGCGGUAACAAACUUGAUUCUUUAGCAGAUGAAGACAAUUGCACUGACUAUGAUUUAGUUACAAUGGCUAAGUACCCAGGAACUUACUCUUCGUCACAACAACAGAUUGUAAUAAACUUUAGAUUGAAAUUCUUACAUAGUCUUCGUGAAACAAUUCGUCAAUUUACGGAAAUUCCACUCAAAUUUGAUUUUGAUUUUCAUCUUUCACCAGAAAAAUUCGAAUUUCACCCAUUCGAUUACUCAGAUUUUAACUUAGUUAUUUCAAUACUAACAAAUUUAAGUCGAAAUUCAACUUCUUUUCGCGAUUUUGAACAGACAUCUCGUUUAUUUAUUACUUUUUUAGAUUUUAUUAAGUUAGGAAUUACAUAUCCAAACGCAAAAGUUCAUUUUGUGUGUGGAGAAACGCUUUUAAUAUAUAUUUAUAUUUUACAUCUUUUUAUUGUUAAUUUAUCUUAUGGAAUGCGCCUUAGCCCAUAUUCAUUAUUUGAUUUACUAUCAAGAUUGCAGAUUUAUGGCUUUAAUUCUUUGUUUUCUGAGAUAGAAGCCGAAUCAACUAUUCUUUCGAAGCAGUUAGACAUUGGAGGACUCUAUUGUUUGGAUCUGAAAGAGUUUCAGUCGCUGUCUGUUGCUGCUUCUAUUAAUAAUUUUAGAGGUUUACUUACAAUUGCAAAUGAUUGUUUAAUGAAUGGCCAUGACACAGCCGCCGACAUUGCAGUAGCAACUUCUCUCUGUGGAAGCCUUUAUUCAAUUAGAAUUUCGGUUUUACAACCCCAUUCAAUUUUAAUUAAUUUUUCGAGCUUUCACAGAAAAGCUAAAUAUAAAUCAGUAUUCCCACUGUGGAAUAUGCAUGAUAAUGCAAAUAAGUAUGCAUCAGAUACUAAUGAAAUUAUCUUCCUUCCAUGGUAA